CUCUGUUUGCUCAAAGUGGGUGAAGUUUUUGUUGUUUGGAAGCAAUUCUUUUUGUAUAUACUUCAAUCAACCAUAGACGUUCUCUAAUUUACGUUUACAACACUGAAUAUUUUGACAGUUGUAUUCCAAUCGCAAAAUUCCAAUUUCAACUAAAACCGAAGUCGGUGCUUUCCACUAUUUCACUCCAAUCCAAACAGAAGAACGAAGACAUCGCGUUGACGAGUUUAGCUAAACGAAACAUAAUUCUGCAAAAAUGUCUAUAAAUAAAGAUAAAAAGUGGAGUGAACUUUCGAAAAUGGAGAAAUAUAUGUUUUUGGAAAAUACACCGACGGAUUGCACUUUUAUCGUUGGAAUCGCCAAAGACGAAAUAAAACGCAUACAAUGUCACAAGAAAGUCUUGGCAGAAUGCUCAGAGGUUUUCAAUUCGAUGUUCAAUGGAAAUUAUUUAGAAUCGGAAGAAAAUUGUGAAAUUCGUUUGAGUGAUGUUCAAUCUUAUGUGUUUGAAUAUUUUGUAAAUUUUGUCUAUUGGGACGAAAUGCCAUCAACAUGUUUUAAAAUAGAGCAUUUGCAGUUGUCCUAUUUAAGUGACAAAUACAUGAUAAGUUCUUUAAGCGAUAUAUGUGAAGAAUCGAUAACAAAUAGGGGAUUUGUUACAGUAUUUGAAUUAGUGGAGUGCCUAAAAUUUCCAAUUUCUGACAAGUGUAUGGAAAUAGUUUUUAAAUCUGCUGUAUUCAAUGCUGAUCCAAAAGUUCUACCGUCUUCGAUUAAUAAUUUAAAUCUAUCAUCCUUUUUAGUGCUUUUCGAAAUGCUUAGUACAAUACUAAGUAAACCAAAACUUUUUGAAAUGGUGGAAAAAUACAUCAAUAUCAAUUUUAUGGCAAAAAAAAAAUAUGUUAAAAAUGUAAACGAUAUAGAAAUACUAAGUGGGGUGAAUAAAAUUAUAAUUAAAAAAUUAUUAUUAAAGAUUAAAUUGGAGGAUAUGACCUCAAGAGAGUUUGUGGACGGACCUAUGAAGUGUUCCUUUAUAGAUGCGCACACGAAAUUAAAUGCAUUAAUUGAAAUAUCUAAAAGAUACAUUCCUGAAUUGCCAAAGUUCACUUGUAAGAUGAACAAGUUCACUUGUAAGAUGAAUUGUCAUAAACUCCAUAUCUAUUAUUAA